CACAUACGAAAUCCGUGUCUUGUUGUUCCCCACGGCAUGUCAGACUCUCCUUUUCUCUCUUUCCAAUCUUGGUUCACAUUCUAGUUCCCUGAAAGCUAUCGGUGGCAUAAUUUGUUGAGAAUGGCGACGUUGACAGUUGCUCAGCUGAAGGAUGAGCUCAAGAAGCAAAAGGUGCCAUUCGAGGAUGGAAGGCUGAAGAAGUACUACGUUGACCUCUAUACGAACUCAAGAAGGAGGUCAGCCCCACCAACAGCCUUCUCUGAUGAUGAAGAUAAGCCAUCAACGGCCCAACUUGCAUCACCCAAGGGCAGGCGGUCCCUUGUCCGUCGCCCAACCCCCUCGACACCGCAAAAGAACAGCGACUCUGCCAGUGAUCUUGAUGACGAUGCACUGCGCCAGGAGCUCACCAGACGUGGUCACACACCAGGACCAAUCACGGCUUCAACCCGUGACUUGUAUAGACGUAUCUUGAGGGACAGCAUCAAUGCUGACGCUUCAGGCACACCACAGAAGAACGCUUCAGCUCCUGGCACCCCAGCUAAGAAGGUGAAGUCCAAGCCACUUCUCCUAUCUGAUGAUGAAGGCACAUCAGAGACAGACAGUGGGGCUAGCAAAUCUCCAAGCAGGAGAUCCCGCAGCAGUUCGCUCACUCGGCGCCGCUCUGAAAUUGAAAAGCUCCAACUGAAUAAUCCAGGACCACGCAUGGCAGACAUUGUUCCUGACGGAGCCUCGCCCGCCCCUCUACCUCGUAGUCGCCGUGCUAUAACACAGCGCGAUUCCUCUGUGGAGCCCGAAGCGAAACCUGUAGCAACGACAUCAUCAUGCGACAUUCUUGGCGGCUCUUCCCGACGACAGGCAAUCAUCAUGCUAGUGAUUUUGAUAGCUAUGGCAAUCUCAGUAGUGUUUGCUUUGCGCUACGGUAUCAACAUGCCUCUGCCAAGCGUGCCAAAGAAGCGCUAGACGUGUUCUCCUUUGGGGCGAAUCCAGAGCCCCGUAUUUGAAAUGACUCACGCAAAUCGUCGCGUAUUAGAUAGGGUGCGUGGUUGUUUGGCAACCAAUCAUGACAACACAGAAUGUGAGAAACAGACUACUUCCCAGCCAAAGCUGACUUUCAUCAAACUGAAGACAGUGUGAGACCUCCCCCCAUAUAUAUAUUUGAUGUUGAAACUUAUAAUGCAUAUUGCAUGAUCAGCGUAUAGUAGAUGUGUUUGCUUUUUUCGGUGGUCAAGUCUUCAUUGCACUCUCUCAUAUAAAUCAUGCUAUUAGUGGUUGUUUAGUAGAACACUGGCGUCUAUGCAUGCUUGCCUGUCUCGAUGUAUUUGUUGAAUUGCCUUAGCCGUCCAUUUCCAAAUUGCACUAUCUUCAUCUUACUCAUUCCUUUCUCAGCGCUGAUCCAUAGGCUCUCUUUGUGGAUAUUUUCCUUUUCCAGCGUGUUUUCUUAUUCUAUAGUGGUCGCUGUAGUCAUGGCGCAGUUUGCUCAUCCACUGGCUUGAGGCUUAUGGUGUCUUAGCUACAAUUGUUCUUGUAGGUAUCGA